AUCAUCAUCUUCAUCGUCAUCCCCAAUCUCCUUGAUUCUCUUCUCUGGGCACUUUUCUCAUCCAUUUCCAACCCUAACAACUACAGGUUUUAGGGGUCUCUUAAUUGAGACCUAAUCUAGUGUCCAAUUUCCAGCAGCACCUCCAUUACAAAUGGCGGCAACCACUACUAGCACCACCUCAAUUCUCUACCCUAUCCCUUCAUCUUCUUCUUCUUCCUCGUUAUCUGCCCCUUCAAGAAGUACAAUUUCAUCCUCAUUCUUCAAAAGAACUUCAUCACCAAGACCCCUAACCUCAAUCAACAAAACAACUACUAAUUCACGAAGAGGGGUUAUUAGAUCAGCUGUAGCAAUCGAGAAAGAAACACCAGAAUCUGAAAGACCUGAUACAUUUCUGAGAGAAGUUGAUGACCCUUCUUCAUCAGCAGCAUCACCACAUUCUUCAAAUGUUAGAGCUAAAUUCGAGAAGAUGAUUAGGGAAGCUCAAGAUAGUGUCUGUGCAGCUGUUGAAGCAGCUGAUGGUGGUGCUACUUUCAAAGAGGAUGUUUGGUCUAGACCUGGUGGUGGUGGUGGUAUUAGUAGGGUACUACAAGAUGGGAAUGUUUGGGAGAAAGCUGGUGUUAAUGUUUCUGUUGUUUAUGGUGUUAUGCCUCCUGAAGCUUAUAGAGCUGCCAAGGGUGACAAUUCUACAACCACUAAGCCUGGUCCUGUUCCAUUCUUUGCCGCUGGGAUUAGCUCUGUAUUACAUCCAAAGAAUCCAUUUGCACCAACGCUUCACUUCAACUAUCGCUACUUCGAGACUGAUGCUCCAAAAGAUGCACCUGGAGCGCCUAGAUCAUGGUGGUUUGGUGGUGGCACUGAUUUAACACCUGCCUAUGUUUUUGAGGAGGAUGUGAAACAUUUUCAUACGGUUCAAAAAAAUACAUGUGACAAAUUUGAUCCUAGCUUCUACCCGAAAUUCAAGAAAUGGUGUGAUGAUUACUUCGUUAUUAAGCACCGAAAUGAAAGGCGUGGACUUGGAGGAAUAUUUUUUGAUGAUCUUAAUGACUAUGACCAAGAGAUGCUUCUCUCCUUUGCCACUGAAUGUGCAAACUCUGUGAUCCCUGCAUACAUACCCAUUAUAGAAAAAAGGAAAGAUACACCAUUCACUGAGCAGAAUAAAGCAUGGCAGCAGUUGCGCAGAGGAAGAUAUGUGGAAUUCAACUUGGUUUAUGACCGUGGUACAACAUUCGGACUGAAGACAGGGGGCAGAAUUGAGAGCAUUCUCGUUUCCCUCCCACUAACAGCACGAUGGGAAUAUGACCAUAAACCCGAGGAGGGUAGUGAAGAAUGGAAACUGCUAGAUGCAUGCAUCAACCCGAAGGAUUGGAUUUAAUUUUUUGAUUUAAUGCCUUUAAAGGAUCUCUCUCCUUGUAGCCAUCAGUUUGUUUUGUUUUUUCAAUUUUUUUCAGAGGGCCGGUUAUGCCGUUGUAUUUGUCCAAAUUAGAUUAUGCCGAGUGUAGGGAUAGAUAGUAAAGGAGAGGGAGAGGAGAGGGAAAUUGUUGUGAUUUAUUCCUGGUUAGCUCGGUAGGUUGUAUUCAUUUCUCAAAGCUGUUGCUGCUGGUAAAAGAAACUUAUUACAGGGGCUGUUAAAUCCAUUAGAGGGGCUGCUAUAAUAGGACAAAAUUGGGUCACUAAAUUAAACUAUUAUUUCAAAAGCCCCUGGUCUUAACAUUUUUAAUAAUGAGUAAUCAGCCCUUA